AUGGUCUUCGUCACGCUCAAGUACAUCAUCAUCGGCGACUCGGAGGUCGGGAAGAGCUCGCUGCUGCUGCAGUUCACCGAGCAGACGUUCGUGGGCACGCAUGACCUCACGAUCGGCGUCGAGUUUGGCGCCAAGCUCCUCGACCUCGACAGCCGCAAGGUGAAGCUCGAGAUCUGGGACACGGCCGGGCAAGAGACGUUCCUCUCCAUUACGCGCUCGUACUAUCGCGGCGCCGACGGCGUCCUCCUCGUGUACGACAUUGGCAAGCGCGAUAGCUUUCUCCAUCUCGGCCGGUGGCUGCAAGAGUGCCAGCAAAACUGCAUGAACUCCGGCCUCGAGAUCAUGGUCGUCGGCAUGAAGGCCGACUUGCCGCCCGAGCAGCGCCAAGUGUCAUCGAACGAGGCCGCCGAGUGGGCGGCGCGCCAUGGGCUGCACUUUAUCGAAGCCUCGGCCAAGACGGCGCAGAACGUCGAGAAGGUCUUUGUCGAGACCGCGACGACCAUCCUGCGCAACUUUGACGCGGCGAAUCCGAGCCCGGGGCCGCCCAGCGUCGCUAAGAUCUCGCUCAACGACAAGGUUGCGCCCGUCAAGCCGCCGACCGAGUGCUGCUAA